GCAAGGCCAGCCGCUGGUUCGGGGUGUCCCAGUCGAAGGCGGCCAAGGCCAGCGUGAACAUCCUGCAGCAGGAGGAGCUCAUCGCCCAGAAGAAGCGGGAGAUCGAGGCCCGGCUGGAGCAGCAGGCGAGGCAGAACUCCCUGAGCAUCCCCCAGCUCCCCCUGCUCGGAGACGAGGAUGGAUCCGAAGGCGACGCCUCCGUGUCCAACAAGUUCGUGAACGACGGGAGUUUCCUGCAGCAGUUCCUCAAGCUCCAGAAGGAAAAGUCAAAUGCUG